AUGCUUAUUGGAGAAGCCGAGCACUGGUGGAGAGGUACCCAUUAUAUGCUGACUGCCAGAGGGGUGGUUGUGGACUGGGAUUGCUUCAGGCGGAUGUUCUUGGAGAAGUACUUCCCUGAGAGUGUAAGACAUGCCAAGGAAGCUAAGUUCAUGCGCUUACACCAAGGAAGGAUGACCGUUUCUGAAUAUGCGAUGAAAUUCAAGCACCUAGCUCGUUUUUAUUCGCAAGGCAUCGCCGAGGCUUGGAAGUGUCAGAAGUUUGCUGGGGGAUUGGAAUAUGAUCUGGAGAGGGUGGUGGUGCCUAUGGCCAUCACUGAAUUUCCAGCCUUGGUGGAGAAGGCGGAGGCGAUUGAGCGGUUGGGAGGUGGUAGCCGUGGGGGGAAGACUGUUGAGGGGCCAUCCGGGCAACCUUCUGGUACUGCUGGUGGUGGAGGCCAGGGUGGAGGUGCUACCCUGAGAUGUUACAGGUGUGGAGGGUCCCAUAUGAUUAGGGAUUGCCCCCACACCGAGAAUCGGUGUUUUAGAUGCCAACAGAUGGGCCAUGUAUCUUUCAACUGCCCCACCGGAAACAGACCGGAGAGGAAUACUCGGAGGAGUGAUGCUUAG